CAUUAUCAUACGCGCACAGUCAGCCAUAUUUGUUAUUUGUGCACAGGGGAAAAUCUGGUUACCAAUUUACAGUUGGCGUUUCUACGGACUGUAAGCCAAUGUUGUACAUAUAACACAUAGGAACAUGGAGGAUAUACGGAUAAUAUGUGUUCUAGUGACAUUAUUGCCGCUAAUUUGCGGUUUUUCAGAACCAAAUGCGUUCGACCCUGUGAUAAGGUCUCCUGAAGUAAAUGCCAGAGGUUUUGCAUUAUUCCGAGGUCAGAUCCAGGAAGAUGAGACAACAGUUGAUCUCCGACCUGGACUGUCGGCAUAUGAUGAGGACAGCAUCGGUGGAGCAAGGCUCAUCUGCAAAUAUAAAAUACUCAAGAGCAAGAAGCGAGGAAAGAUCCCUUUUGUUAUUGAGCUGAAGAACAAAACAACUGGUGCAGCCGAGAUCCGAGUGAGGGAGAAGGAGAGGCUUGACUUUGAGAAGCGCUCACACUACAAGUUUGAAAUAAUUGCCAAGGACUGUGGCAACCCUCCCCGCCUGUCUGAUGUGGCUGUUGUUCUGAUCAAAGUUAAAGAUGUUGACGAGUUUGCCCCAACCUUCGAAAACUCCUCCUACUUUGCCACUGUGCAAGAAGGCAAGAUGUACACCAGCAUCGUGUCCUUGCGAGCAUCUGAUGGAGACAGAUCUGCUGAUUACCAGGGAAUCUGUGACUAUGAAAUCCUUACGCCAGAGGUUCCAUUUGAAAUCGAUCAUAAGGGAAAUCUUAAAAACACAGAGCCUUUGGAUUUUAAUAUUCACCGAAAUUACAUUCUUAAGGUUGUAGCCAGCGAUUGUGGCAAGAAAAGAUCGAAACCUGUGUUCGUGAACAUUGUGGUGGAGGAGUUAUGCCGUAGUGGUUGGCAAGAUGUGCGGGACCAUAUCCCAUAUGUCGCAGGAAGUGGCAGGCAAAAAAUUGCCGAUCAUGCUCGUCUUCAACUUUGUGAAGAGGGAUGCACACCUGAAAAAAUAGCCGUAAGGAUGACCCUAGCAACAAAACAUAUCGGCAAGGGCUGUGAUCGUGAUACAUAUUCUAUUACAUCCCAGAGAAAGCUCUGUGGUGCUAGUGGAGAAAGUGUGGACCUACUGCCCUCUCCUUCCCUGGCUGCAUGGACUCGCAACCUGCCCACCGACGAUGGACAUGAAAGUGACCAGCUCUUCUCUUUCGAUGGCCAUAGCAAUGCCGUAGAAGUGCCGGAUGUACAUUUCAACCAUACAAUCCAUGAACAUUUCACCAUUUCCACGUGGAUGAAGCAUGAGCCCUUGGAGACUUACUCCUCCCAGCACCGAGCCCCCAAGGAACAUGUGCUCUGCAUGUCUGAUGGUGAACAUAUGAGCCGCCACCACUACUCCCUGUUUGUCCAUGGAGAGAAGUUUGUGUUCCUGAUGCGCCGUGAAGCCACAUCACCAGAGGAGAUGGAGAUCUUCAAGCCCGCUGAGUGGCGGUGGCACAUCCCCCAGGUCAAUGAUGGAGAAUGGCACCACUAUGCCAUCAGUGUAGACUUCCCAGAGGUUCGACUCUACAUUGAUGGGAAACUGCUGAUCCCCGACAAGAUGAGUCUGGAGAUUGUUGAUGACUGGCCACUUCACUCCUCCCACAAAGUCCACUACACCAAGCUCACCAUCGGGGCCUGUUGGCAGGGAGGAGAGAACCGAUAUGAGCAUCACUUCCGGGGCUACCUGGCUGGUCUGUCUUUCCUGAAGGACAAGACAGAGAGCGAUCGGGUUAUCAAGUGCCUCAACAACUGCAAGGAGAACCUUGACUUUCAUGCCCUCAAUGACAUGCAGAGUGGAACGAGUGUCAGUUUCAACAGUGAGAUGACAGAGUUCAGCAUCAGCGGCCGUGACGUCACGGAGGUGGAGAAACUGAUGCGGGAGGUGACCUAUGUCAACGCCAGGACAUACCCAACUCCCGGGCGCAGGAACCUCAAAGUCGAAACCACUGUUGUUUGUGACGGAGCUCCCAAGCAGCUGCCAACCAUUGAGAGCUACGUGAUGGUGCAGGAGCCUCCCAAGCCUAUCAUCACCAUCGGCGGCGACACCAACCUCACCCGACUAAUCUACCAGUUCGAACGGGGUCUCCGCAUCUUCCAGGACGUCCACAUCUACGCCACACAGCAGGAGGACGACGUUGAUGUGGAACCUCUGGAAGACGAUGAGGACAAGGCUUCCAAACUUGCCUACAAACUGUCCAAGUCCAUGGUGCACCAAUCCACUGAAGCCAAAACCGACCUGAAGGAUGGUAUUCUGAUUGACUCAUGCACCAUCCAGGCCGACCCUCCACUCAACCUGUUCUAUGAGCACCUGUCUCUGCCCACCCACAUGAUGGAGAACCUGGGACUGGAGUGGAGCGAAACCAACGAUGGAGUUACUGUCACAAAUGCUGACAAGAUGGAGCGCUACAUUGGCGUGAUCCGCAACAUCCACUACUACCACAACCAGCCGGACAUCCUUAACAGUCGUACACUGACUCUAUCCUGCUCCUCACAGAACCAGAGAUUUGUCUCCAACAAGUUCACCGUCAAGCUGGUUGCUGUCCACGAGGUGCCCCAAGUCAAAGCUCACGCUAAUGCCCAGCAGGCUGCAGCCUCCGCCCCAGUCAGGAAUGCCCUAGAGAACGUCAAAUCGGCCAGUGCUCAGCAGUUCGUAGCUACCUCAUCCAACUUCGGCAUGGCAGCCAUCAUUGUUGUCUGCGUGGGCUUCCUGCUCUUUAUGAUCAUCCUGGGAGUGAUCCGCAUCCGGGCAGCGCACCGACGUACCCAGGUCGUGCAGGUGGAUGAAAAAUGUGAGAUGGAAUGGGACAACUCGGCACUCAACAUCACAGUCAACCCCAUGGAACAAGAGGUUUUUGAUUAUGAAGAUAAUGGAAUGCAGUCAUUGAGAGACGAAUCUGACAGUGACGACGAUGGCAGCAGUUUCCACGAUGACGGAGAAAGUUCUGACGAAGAGCCACCGAAGGAACUAACAACCUAACAACUUGCAUGCCUUUGAAAUGCAGUAAUACCAAGUCAGCUCGAAUGGUCUGUCCUUGGAUUGCUGGAAGAACAUGCAUGAUGAGUGUAGCUCUAACAGAAUUAAUUUUCUUUCAUGAAGAAUCUUGGAUGUGACAUUUUGUGCUCCUGAGGACUCUGUUGGGAGAAAAGUGGAGUAGGUUUAGAAUCACCCACACAACUUGCUGUCACAGUCAAGGAGUACAUACUACAUUCUGAGCUGAGGCAACUGGCUGUUACUUGUGACAGAAGCAACAGCAUUGAAGACUCUGCUCCAAACUCGGUACCCAUUUCCAGUCUGUCUAGACGUUGUUAUCAGUGUCGUGUGUGAAACUGAGACUUGUCGUAUGAUAUUGGGUAAUCAUUAGCUGGUUGAAUAAAUCACACAUUUUUAGAUAAGGGAAGGUGUGGGUUCUGAAGGAUUUGAAUCAAACCAGCCGACUUGUCAUCUUCGGCUGGCAUGGAAACAAGAACACACUACUUUCUGACCAAUUUUGGCUGCACAGUAUGGUUUCAUCAAUCAAGUGACAUCAAGGUCGAUUAGUAAUUAUGAUCUCACUGAUACGGAGUGUGUGGGUAAUUGUAAAUUCAAUAAGCUGUCACAUAAGAUCACACUGCAGGUCGAACACAACUUGAUUCAAUAAGUGUCAAUCGUUUCACAAGCUAAUGACCUGGGUAGAUUACAUGCAUCUUAGACUUUCCGUGAAAGGAGAAUCGUUUGGCCUCCUGACGCCCACGGCUAUAACUAGUCUUGUGGAGACAGUACAGAAAUGACAAACCCAAAAUUACAUUGUACGUCGCGUCAAUGCUAGAAGGCAUUCGGAUUUAGAUUGUGUCCACCUCACUGCUAAAGAAACUGGAAAUUAACAAUGUUAUUUUAAAAGUUGGAAAACGUGGCAGUUUAACCUCGUGUAGCACGGUAUUCUCAUGUAUAUAAUCGUACUUCAUUUUUGUGUUGAAAUUAUUUCAGGAUUGCGUGAGGAAACAUUGCUACAAUAGCUGUUUUUUUACGUACUCAGGUUCACCAAUAUUUGCAGGUGAAUUCGUAUAUGGGAGUUCGGUGGUUGCGGCACUUCGCGUGGGAGUGAGUGAGUUUGGUUUAACGCCGCUUUGAACAGUAUCGCAGUUAUAUUACUGCACAGCGAAUUACUGCACCUUAGACAACAGGGCCACCCCUUUCACCACUGCGAUAGUCGUACAUAGGAGUUACGAUAAUCGUAGAGCUACGACCGCUUAAUAGAACGAAAACUGAUUUGAAAACGGCAACACAACCAAGAAUAAUUGAAGAAAGGGUUAUGUCGUGAAAGCGUACCACAGCAACAUCGCAUAGAUCCCUAUUUCGAGAAGAUAUCCUUUCUCUGGGUUUCUUGUUGACAGCAGGCAGACGGAAAUCUGAUCCUAACACUUACUCCACUGCGAGGCCCCCGCUCUAAUCCCCCGACAAGCAUUUCACACAAAAUGGGCGUAAUUCUUUUUACAGGCGUAAUUUACAGGACGAUAUGAUCAGCGAUUUCUUUCUUUUCUGUUAAAUGCCACACUCAGCAAUAUUCCAGCGAGAUGACGUCGGCCUGUAUAUAAUCGAGUCUGGACCAGACAUACCAGUGGUUGAUAAUAUGAGCAACGCCCCACGCCUCCGGGUUACGAUGACACGUAAUCAUUAAGUUGCCCCGCAUGGCAAACAGGUUGCCCGGGACCUUUUCUAAUCCGGAAUCCAUAUGAGGCCUUGCUGAGAAAGAAUGGCUUACAGACCUUACGUGUGCCAAUUCAGGAAAUAACUAAAUGCUUAGAAUCAACACCGUAGCUUAUAAAACAUAAAGAGUAGGUAGGUCUUCACCGAUUUUACGACUCGUCGAUCCAUGUGAGAUAGGGCGAUGCCGAACUUUACUACAGCGGUGGUAUACUCCUCGAUCACUAGGUGACGACACAGGCCUAUAAUUCAGGACAAGACAAUGACACUGGUUUAUUGCAUUGUGACCUCGUGGGUUAACCCCGCUGCAAUCUUGGGACAGUUUCCACCCACGUCACCUGGUAUAUCCACGACCAGACCGCGGUGUUGUGUGUACCAGACACUGAGACGAGGCUCUCAUCGUCGAAUGCACCUAACCAACCUGCUCCCCGCAGGGUAGUUGCUUUUGACGACGACAUUUUCUAACAUACAGUUCAUAAUAUGACAGGUCUAAACUGACAAAUGCCAUCGCGGUAGGAUUUGUACGGCGUUUUUAAGAGCCAAGAAUGUUUUCGUCACACGGAUUUAAGAAUUGUUUAACUAUACGUCGUCCAAUUGUAUGUUGUUUACGUGUAAAAUAACACCGAUGUAUGUAGUCAACAUUUUGUGGUUCAAAUUAAAGUCUUAUAUACUCAAACACCUAAAAACGGCCACGUUCUUACGAAUAUUGAGAAGAGUAUCUCAAAACUCUUUUUGAGAUUUAAUGUAUAACAGUGUUGGCGAAUAAGGACCUAUACGCUUUCUAAAGUUUAAACCAAAUCCAAAAUUUCAUAUCGAAUUCUGCCUUGCAAGUUUUGUUCUUUUAAAUGAUUGGUUAGUUUCAUUCAAUAUGUUCAAGAGGGAAAGAACAUUUUGAAGCUUGAUUUUUUCUUUGACCACCAGGCUAUAAAACAAUUAAGGUGUGUUCGUACCAUUACUGUAUGCCCUGUAUAAUUGCCUAUUACUUUCUUUUAAUGUGUAUACAUGUACUGGGUUUCUGGUAAAACAUAGAACUUUAGUAGCUUAAAAACGACAUAAAGUUACCCUGUUUUUGAUAGGUGUACACAGGACAUCUGUCACACUGCAAAGCCAUACAGUCAAUAUCAUCAUCAUAUUUUAUUUUCAUUUUUCGUUAAAUUAUUAUGAUGACCGUUAUUUCUGUGCUCGAGUAUAUAAGGAUUAUAUAUCUAUUUUAUACAGAGUACCUUAUGUAGUUUACAAUUACUGUUCAUCACCUUUGUCAAGUUUACAGUCGCUUGCUUUUAGCAUUGUCAGUCCAAUUAGCAAUGCUGUCACAAUCGUGCAGUGAAUCAUUUAAAUGUCAGGUGCAUUCGUAUAUCAACAGUAUCGUAUUCAUGUUAUUAAUUCUAAUUUGCACUAGCACAUGGCUCUGAAAGGUGUAAUAAAACAUAUAAAUAUUA